AUGAGCAAAUAUUUACCUAAAUCAACAAUCAGACAGAUUAAAUCAGAAUCCCGACGAGUCGGAUUGGACGAGGUGGCCUCCGGACUCAGAGUCCUGACGAGUCGGAUUGGUCGAGGUGGCCCCGGACUCAGAGUCGUGACGAGUCGGAUUGGUCGAGCUGGCCCAGGACUCAGAGUCCUGAGGAUUUUGAUUGCCAUUCAUUCGGAACCUUUGAAAUGGUCCUCUGGGAUUUCAGGAUCAGAGGUUUUGAGAUGCUCCCCGGGAUUUGUCAAUGUGAGUGGUUGGUGUUUCUCUUUCCACAAGGAACCGACGUUCAUGUUGAAUUUCAGUGACUUCUGUCACCAGCAAGGAGCUCACAUGGUCGUCAUAGACUCAGAGGAGAAAGAAAAAGUAUUCACCAAAUAUAUUGAAAAUGAUUUUUUUAACAUAUAUCAAGAAACAAGAAAACUCUAUUACAUUGACAGGAUUGCUCAGAAGGAAUGGGAUAUUGCGGCCGAGAAGAAGAAGUUUUGUGAAAAUUUCAUUAAGCAUGGUGUACAAAGUUUGAAAUAUAAACACAUUCCUAAUGCAAAGAUUCCUCUAGGUUCCCUGCCUCACCAGAGAGCUAAUCUGACCACGCCCGCAGGAUUCGUCAUCAAAUCUUCGUCACUUCCGGGAGCGGGGAUGGGCGCAUGGACGGAGACCUUUGUUCCGAAGUUCACGAUCCUCGGUGUAUACGAGGGACUUAUUCACACUGUAGACAAGAAAGAUGACUUUUAUUCAUGGCAGGUAGAUAAACAGGGGACUGAUGGUACUUACAACAUAGAUGCAGAAGAUCCGGCCUGUAGUAACUGGUUACGAUUCGUUCAUUCUCCCGCCAAAUAUCAACAGGAAAACGUCAUUCCUAUCACAUGCGAGGGCAUCAUCUUCUAUAUGACGUCACGUGACGUAGAGCCGGGUGAAGAGCUUCUGGUCUGGUAUGGUGAUGGAUAUGGGAGGUUUUUAGGCGUAAACCGCAUACAUCCGGAAGUUGAUCUCAACGGUUCAUUUGCAUUUCGUGCCAAUGUUUUGACAUUUGACGACAAUGAAAAACUCAUUUUUGAUAAUUGGACACCAGUGACGUAUCAGAACUGGAAUCCUAACGAUGAGGGCGAGACAGCAGUUGACCCAAUCUUUGGCCUCCUUUUGACUUAUCAUAACGACGGCAGGUGGCGCUGGGUGACUGAGAGAAACUAUACGUACUAUACCGAAGAAGACGGACUAAAACUUCCCUUUAUUUGUGAGGAUUCUCCAUUUUAUUUGGAGCCAGAAGAGUGUUCUGUUACAUAAUGAUUCAUUCUCUUUUAAUCAAAAUAAACA